AUGAUCAUUUUAUGGUUAUUUCAUUUUGUACUUUUGAUCUUCGAUGGCUUUGUCUUUCAAAAAAUUAUCAAUCUGCAUAUAAGAAGCAAAGGAUAUUAUAUUAGUUUGCAAUCAUUUGCAGCAAACUCAAUUUUAUUUUUAUUAUUCCUUGGACAAAAUAUUGGUAAAAUUUCCGUUUUGAUUGUAUUAGCCUUCUUUAAAUUGACUUUUUUCCCAAUUGUAGUGAAAAUACUAAUUUUUACAAAAUUAGUUUGACCUGAUUUAAUGGAAAUAUUGCAAUUAGAACAUUAUAUAAACAGUUUUUAUACUUAAACGAUUAGGUUUUUGAGUAAAUUUUAUAUAAAAAUAAUUAAGAUUUAAAAAUAUUGGAUUCUCUAUUUUUAUAAAUUUUAUUUAAUAAAUUUGUGUUUAAAAAGAAAAAUUUAAUAUUAAAAAAAAAGCCCCUUAAUUGGAGCAGGAUUUUUAUAUAAUUUAGAGGGUAGAGUUAGGGAAAUACUCAGAUGACAAUGCCGAUUUUUUAUUUGAGUUUGUGAAAAAAAUUUCUGCACAUUGGUAUGAAUUGGUUAGUUUUUAUGUGAAUAGUGCUUUGGUAUGAAAUGAAAUAUGAUUUUAUGUUUCAGGAACUCUUUGCUUUAUUGUGAGUGAAAAGCAUUUGAAUUUUCAAUAUAGCUGAAUUGCAGCAAUGAUUGGAAUAUCAAAUGCUGUCAGUUUCUUUUUUAUUGAUAGCAGCUGGUAUAUAUUAUUAUAUGCAGUUACAUUAGGAGUUUUUAUAAUAAAUAAAUGAAGAUAUGAGUAUGACUUUAAGGAAAUUUGCUUCUAUGACUAUUUGAUAGUCUUCCACACACUUUUGUUACUUAUUGGAAGCUAUUUUGCUUUAAAGUUUGCCUUAAAAGAGUAUGUAUAUAUAGAAAUUGGAACAGAAAUUAUGAAUGUCCUGAAUAUAAUAGCUCAAAUAUAUUGGAUAAAUUUUAUAGGAUUUUAUUUAUGGAAGAUUCUGCGUGCUUUAAUGGAAUAUGAAAUGUAUUUAGUGAUAAUUCUUAUAUUUUGACUCCACGUGAUAUGCGGCGUCAUAACAUUUGGUGAAGUGCUGUAUCGAAAAGCUUUAUCCUUCAAAGAAAGAAACAAUAAAAGUGAGUUAAAGAAAAAUAAAGAUAUCUUCAAAAUCAUCUGACUUUAUUUUUUAAUGCUUAUUGUUCUUGCCACAAUUCCUAUUUUGAUUGGUUAGCACUUCUCAUUCCUAACUCCCCCUCCGUGAACGGACAAAACCAUUGGAAAAAUCUCUAUUUUUUGGAUAAAAACUCACCAUUUAAGUUGAAGAGGCUUUCUGAGUCUAGUUGCUGUCCUUAUCCCAGCUAUCAUAGUUAAAUUCAACUUCAUUCGCCGAGGCAGUUUACUUAUAGGCUGUCCUUUUCCAUAUUAAGCACUCCUUAAGAUGAGCACUGCUGUCAAAAGAUUCAGACAGCUGUCCAUAGUAUCAAUCCGAAAAUCAGAGAGUCCGUGCUGAGGCUUCUCGCUCCAUUACAACUUGGCCACAUCUUCCUUACAUAAGACGAUAUUAUUCACCUCCUGACAUUUUAUGUAUUGCACGAUGUCUGCUUUGGAUUGGACUAGUCUGAUAUCUACCGACAUCAGAUGGGGAGAUGAUUAACCAAUGUUUGUUGGCAAAGUCACCUCCCAAGAUGAUAAAUCCUCUUGCUAUCUAAGAUUUGUAGACUUUGCCAGCAAACAUUGGUUUGUCAACUCCCAAUCUGGCGCCUCCCGACAUCAGUCAAACCCAAUUCAAAGCAGGGAUCGAGCUACAUAUGUUUCCUAUUUCGAAGACCAUAACUAUACUCGUUAUAGGAUCUACGAAUUUCAUAUUAGACGAUUUAUUUUAUUUUUUAUGAGUUUGGCAAAUAGGAUUUAUACUGGAAUUUCCAGAUACUUAUAUAGACCAGUUUCCAGGAUGUUUUUUUAAAAAUAUUUAUGGCAUAAUGGUUUAUGGGUUUUUAGGGAAGAAAGUAUUGGGCAUGUUUUUCGAUUAG